AUAUCGAAAUUUAAACUUGCUCAAUAUUGCUUUUAUCUAUUUUUAUCGUCCAUCGCAAAUACAAAAUGUCACGCGAAUCACAUUUAGCAAGAGUUAUUUCAAAAGUGUGACGCGCUGUACGAAUUGCGCGAUUUGUUUUUUAUUAUUGUAAGAACAUUAUUCAACUUAUCGAAGAUUAUUCAUAGAGAUGGAAUUAUGACCAUUGACGUAAGUGAAAGCAUUUUUGUAGCGCGAAGAUUCAGGAAAGCGUAUAGUCGAUUAAAAUAUAGAAGGCAAGCCCUAACAUCUCAAUCAAUAUAAACGAUUAUGAAGAUGGAAUAUAUUGUGAUAAUGGUGCGAUAGCUACUGUGUGACACACGUUGACAACACCCUCGUAUCGUUUAGCGAAACAUGAGAUUCAAUGACAAAGAACUCGCAGAAGCGAGUUUCGGGCCCGCUGAUCUCGAAGGACGUCUAAAUCAUAAGCGGGCUCAUAAGUCAGUGUUUAAAGAAAAAUGGUUCAAGCUGCGGUACAAUCUACUAUUUUACUUUAAUAUUAAUGAUUUGGGACAAAUUGAUAGAAGACAACCUGCUGGUGUCAUUAUUCUAGAAAAUUGCAGCAUUAACAUAGAUACUUCAUCCGAAGGAGUAUUUGCAUUUAGCAUUUCAUUUCGUGAUGAACAUGAGAAACGGCAUGUAUUGAGCGGUCGAUCAGAGUCUCAAGUGGAGCAAUGGAUUAAUGCACUUAAACAAGCAAGCUAUGAAUAUUGGAGAUCUCGCUUGAUUACAUUACAAGAAAGAUUGUGCAAGAAAACAGGUAAAGAUCCAUUGCUAAUGUAUCCUAGAAAUCAAGGUGUGGUGCGAGACGAAGCUUGGGAACCUGCUUCUAGCUUCAGAUCUCAUGUACGUUCAUUCACAACAACAGUUGGAUCAUCAUCCACAUUGAAUACAAUAACCAGGGAAGUUAAUCUCAUAGAACUUUAAUAUAGGAAAAUAAUUGUAAUUAGAUCCGUCGAAUGAAUUUAAUUGGUAAUCUUUUGAGAGAGAAAAAUAUGUAUUUUAGACAAAUCUGCAUAAUAUAAUGAAUGAAAUAGUUUUUUAUACAAAUCUGCUUUGAUUUACAAUAUUGUCACUGCCAUUGAUCCAUUUUGAGAGAUAUAGUUUCAUCAAAUAUAUAAGCUUUAAUUAUUUGUUUAAUUAUUUAUGUGAAAUUAGAUAAAAUAUAUAAAAGAAAAUAAGAAAAUAUAAUUAUAUAAAUUAAAAAAUAUAAAUUUGUUUCAUAUAAUAACAAUCUUUUUUGUCUAAUAUAAUAUUAAAAUUAUUAAUAUUUAUUAUUAAAAUUAUUAAUAUUUGCAAAGGAGAGAAAAUUUAUUUUUAUUAAUACAAAAAGAAUUGAUUUUCUUUAAUAUAAAAACAGAAUAUUGGAAAAAAUAGGAGAAAAGACUAAUAAAUUAUGCAAAUUUAAAGAAUAAUGAUUGCGCAGUUGUAAUGGAAUUAUAGAUAUAUCAAUUAUAUACAUAUAAAUAAUUGUAUACAUAUAUCAUACAUGAUAUGUAUAUAAUUUAUAUUAGCCUAUAACAAUAUUGUAAAACAAAUUAUGGUAAGAGUAUGCUGAUGUAUAUUUAGUAAUAUUUCUUAUAAUUAAGUAUUCUUAUAUUGUGUGUAUAUCGGAUGAAAGAUAAUGCGCUAGAUACAAUUUUUAGAAUAUUGUGAUUGUUCAUUUACUAUUCAUUAUUUCUACCUCUGUACAAAUUUGAUAAAGUAUUUAAAACUAUCAAAUACUCACUUCUAUUUAUAAUAAAUUUAUGUAAUAAUAUUGAUGUUAUUUGAAAAAUAAUUUUGUAAAAUAAAAAAAAAAUAUUUUUAUAAUCUCUUUACAUUCUUUAUAUUCUUUUCAGUGUCCAUAUAUGAAUUA